CCAACUAUACCGGCCAUGUUGAAGGUGUGUAUUUUUGCUGUGAGUGUCCAAGCUGCUUUAGCAAGCAUUUGCUGUAUACCUCGGCAAUGGGAAGGUAUUGAAGCCCAGACUACAGGGUUUGUCAAACCUAAUGCAUCUGUCCCCACCUUAGUACAGACUGAAAUAAAAGUCCAUUUCGAUGCGACCAAUGAAAGAAUGGCUUUUGACGAAACAGUAACUGUGAAUGGUUACAAAACAAAGGUCAAGGUUAUUCAGUUGUGGACAAAGAUGAUGGAAUAUGUUAUUCAGGAGAGUGGAUCGUGUAAGAAGAAGACUCUUUCCGGCACUGUUCCAGAUGGGUGUAUCCCAGAUACCGCUAAAGACUUGGGCACACAUUUCGUAGGUUCUGGAAGUGAAACGCUCACUUUUCAUACCUACGAGAUAAAAGCAUCUGGCCUCAACAUUGUGGCGGAUAUGACGUCGUUAUGUAUACCAGUUACACAGCAAACAUUUGGACAGCUACCGAACGGAGAUCACAUGCUACAAGUAAACCGUUACUACGACAUCAUGUUAGGCAUCAAGGAUAUGUCUGUCUUCGAUGUGCCAGCAUCAUGCGACCAUGCGCCUGUGGUGACAGAAAUAAAAGUCCAUUUCGAUGCGACCAAUGAAAGAAUGGCUUUUGACGAAACAGUAACUGUGAAUGGUUACAAAACAAAGGUCAAGGUUAUUCAGUUGUGGACAAAGAUGAUGGAAUAUGUUAUUCAGGAGAGUGGAUCGUGUAAGAAGAAGACUCUUUCCGGCACUUUUCCAGAUGGGUGUAUCCCAGAUACCGCUAAAGACUUAGGCACAUAUUACGAAGGUACUGGGUGUGACGAGCUCAUAUUUCAUACCUACGAGAUAAAAGCAUCUGGCGUCAACAUUGUGGCGGAUAUGACGUUGGACUGUAUACCAAUUACACAGCAAACGGUUGGACAGCUACCAAACGGAGAUCAAAUGCUACAAGUAAACCGUUACUACGACAUCAUGUUAGGCAUCAAGGAUAUGUCUGUCUUCGAUGUGCCAGCAUCAUGCGACCAUGCGCCUGUGGUGGGACAAGAAGAAACGCACGGCAAAGUAUUUGGCUAAACAAAACCAAAAAAAACCCCUCACAACUAUGUAUUUAAUAAAACAUAUACAUGUA